UGUCACAUGUCUCCCACAAUGUUUUUGUGAGUUGUUCUGUGAACUUCCAUCCAGUGAUGUACCAGAACCUUUUCCAUCUACUGUGCUUCACACUGUUCUCAGUGCAUUCAUGUGUGAGCGGGGGCUUUAUUUUGAAACCAGACACCGGAAGUUGUAUAAUUUGGUUUUGCUGUAAUUGACACUUUGGCUGAUUUUCAUCGGCUGUCCAUACAGGUGCGCAUGGACAAUUGUGCGUAAUUUGCGGGGGGCGAGAAAUGCGUGUUUACUAUGUGAAUGCACGAUGCUCGGCGUUCCGGGCAGAAAUGCGCGUCCACAGCGGAAUAUCUCUGCAGCUCACACACUGAAGACCGUGCAACUGGGGCAUGCAUUCACUUUAACACAGCGGACCAACAAGCUGGUGUAGUCAGUAGCAGAUUCCCGGGGAUAAAACGACGUCUUGGUUUUUCUGCAACAACACUGGAUUACCGGAACUGCUGCAGGAGGAGGAGGUGGGUUUGAAGGAAGGUUUUCAGUUUUGAGUAUAAUAAGAGAAAAACGUGGAGAUCCCAGAUGUGAAAAGGCAGGUGCGUGUUGAGAUUCGCACCUCGUUUUUUUUUUUUUCUUUUGCAAUCUGAUUUUCGGCCGGAGCCUGUGAAAUGCAGCCUCUACCUGACAGAUGUGUGGCACCACAACUGCAGCCUACAGGGAGCGUCUCCUGUCGACCUGCUGCUGAUCUGCUGUGGUCGGCUGUGGAGGACUGAGAGUGCUACAGCUGCAAAUCUCAUCAUCAUCAUCAUCAUCAUCACCAUCAACGUCUGCCACUUCAAACACGACAAGACACAAGAGGACAGAGGCUGCUUUUGUCUGAUCAAAAGCGCCGGCAGUCACAGAGUACCUGUAGACGAUGACUCCAGCAGAGCUGCUUGCUUGAACGCAGCAUGAGAUAAUUGAGGACCACCAUACUAAUCGCUGAUUCAAGCUUUUUCUGUUUGGCACUGAUGAAAAUGUUCCAGUGUGUCAGUUGACUGACAGGGUUGCAGUGCUGUUCUAGCCCCGGGACAUCGCCAGCAGCUGAAGCGUAGACACCACAAAGAAGAUGGCUCGUCCAGGAUCAGGGAUGCUGGUGCCCGUCAAUGGGCUGGGGUACCCCCCUCAGAACCUGGCCAGGGUGGUGGUCUGGGAGUGGAUGAAUGAACAUGGGCGCUGGAGGCCCUACAGUGCAGCAGUUUGCCACCAUAUUGAGAACGUGCUGAAGGGGGAUGCCCGGGGAAGCGUAGUUCUGGGCCAGGUGGAUGGUCAGCUCUCUCCUUACAUCAUCGACCUGCAGUCCAUGCACCAGUUUCGACAGGACACAGGCACCAUGAGGCCAGUGCAGAGGAACUUCUACGAGCCGUCGUCUGCCCCGGGGAAAGGCGUGGUGUGGGAGUGGGAGAACGACAACGGCUCAUGGACGCCGUAUGACAUGGAGAUCUGUGUGACCAUCCAGAAUGCGUACGAGAAGCAGCACCCCUGGCUCGACCUGACCUCUCUGGGCUUCUGCUACCUCAUCGACUUCAACAGCAUGUCUCAGACCAACCGGCAGAGCCAGCGCAAGCGGCGACUGCGGAGACGCAUGGACCUGGCCUACCCGCUCAUCAUGGGCUCCAUCCCCAAGUCGCAGUCCUGGCCCGUGGGAGCCAGCUCUGGCCAGCCCUGCUCCUGCCAGCAGUGCAUCCUGGUCAACAGUACGAGAGCCGCCUCUAAUGCGAUUCUGGCCUCUCAGCGGCGUAAGCUCUACGGAGGGACAGCGGGCAACCCGGGCGCUGCAGGAACCCUCACAGUGGUGCGGCAGAGCAACACCUUUGCUGGAACCUCCCUCUGGUCUCCGACAUCCGCCUCCUCCGGCACCAACAACAAUAACAUAAGUGUGGGGGGUGGGCAAGCCAAAGUGGAACAGGUGCAGUUGCCACUGUCCACUGCCAACUUCCCCUGUUCCCCUGUGAUGCCAUCUCUUUCAUCCGCCCAUGGCCACCACGCUCUCACCAUCAACGGACAGAACAACCUGAACCGGCCGGGCACCCAGCGCAUUUCCAUGGGCACUGCCAGAGGAGCCAUCCCACCAGGAGUUCCUGCCCUCCCAGUAAAGAACCUGACUGGAUCUGGACCAGUGCACCCAGCACUAGCAGGUAUGACAGGUAUCCUGAUGUGCGCUGCAGGUCUGCCGGUUUGCCUGACUCGGGCCCCCAAGCCCAUUCUGCACCCGCCACCCAUCAACAAGAGUGACAUGAAGCCUGUGCCAGGGAUCAACGGCAUGCGCCGCAAAACCAAGAAAAAGCACCUGAGGAGAGGGAAAAACCCAGAGGAUGUGGUGCGAAGAUACACAGAGAAGAUUAAAGUGGUACCAGAUGAGGACUGUACCAUCUGCAUGGAGAGGCUGGUCAUGUCAUCAGGCUAUGAAGGCGUCCUGCAGCACAAAGGCAUCAAGCCAGAGCUGGUGGGCAAACUUGGCAAGUGUGGGCACAUGUACCAUCUGCUGUGCCUGGUGGCCAUGUACAACAAUGGCAAUAAGGAUGGCAGUCUUCAGUGUCCAACAUGCAAAACCAUCUACGGGGAGAAAACAGGCACACAGCCCCCUGGGAAGAUGGAGUACCACGUCAUCCCCCACUGCCUGCCCGGCUACCCAGACUCCAAGACCAUCCGCAUCGUCUAUGACAUUCCUGCUGGCAUCCAGACCAAUGAGCAUCCCAACCCCGGGAAGAAGUUCAGUGCAAGAGGGUUUCCUCGACACUGCUACCUCCCUGACAAUGAGAAAGGCAGGAAGGUCCUGAAGCUGCUGAUCAUGGCCUGGGACCGACGCCUCAUCUUCACCAUCGGCACGUCCAGCACCACGGGCGAGUCGGACACGGUGGUGUGGAACGAGAUUCACCACAAGACAGAAUUCGGCUCCAACCUGACCGGCCACGGCUACCCCGACCCUAACUACCUGGACAACGUCCUGACAGAGCUGUCGGCCCAGGGGGUCGGCGAGGACAACCUGAAGGACUGAUGUGCAGCUGAGCUAGUACACAGGACCACAACCCACCAUGCCCCGCCGUCUCCCAGAGAACAGGGACACUGCAUGACGGGCCGACAACUCUUUACUCCCCACAAACAAAAAAAACCCCUGCAGAAGUGGUGGCACAAGAGCAACGGAAGCAAAAUAAAUGACGUGGUUAUGAUCAGUCUUUUUGAUGUGUGUAACCUAAGAUCCCCCCCUGCUGUCUCUUGAUACAUGCCUUGAGCAUGUGUGUUUAUGCCAAAUUUUCUCAGAGGGUUGAAGAAUGUAAAGAUAAGGUGACAUUUCUGUCUUGAUGUCGGUAGCUGCAGGUAAAUGGUCUUUAACCCCUUUUAGAUCCAAAUUGAAGCUGUUCCUCCUGAGGGGCCAAAACUAUACAAAGGCAUAUUUGUAAAUGCUGAACUCCAGAAUGCAUGGCCCAGACUAACGCUGCAUAAUGAAUGUUGGGCGAAUAUCUGCAAUAGGGAGAGGUGUCAAUAGAUCGGUAUUGCUUGUUUUUGUGAAGAGACAUUUAAGAGAAUUUCAGCAUUCGGAAUGAUCCUGAAUCGAUAUUUUGUUCCCCCUUUUCUCUAAUAAUUAAUUAUUGUCGUGUAACAAGUGGUGGUUUUGUGAUUUGAAGGAGAGGAUUUGGGCUUUUUGGUGAUAUUACUGUAAAGUUGCACUGGGCAUCUCUGACAUUUUCCACUUCUGAUACCUUAGGUCAGUUGUUCUGUAAAAUGAAAGCGUGUUCUGUAGUGCAUGAAGUAGAUUCCAGAGAGCUAAAGGCUAUGAAAUAUUAGUGUUUGGUUGUAAACGUAUGUUGUGUGGUUAACCUUGUGGACUGUCUAUGAGAGGAGACGUGAAAUAGAUGAAACAAGCAUCUCACCGGUCAGUUUGAUGCUUGUUACGAGGUGUUGUAACUUGAAAGGCUGAGGUUGUGAAGCGGGGUUUGCUACACUCCAAGGUUAAACUCAUUUGUUUUGUUGACACACUGAUGACGCUGACCUCUGUGAAUAUAAAGCCGGCAUUAUUUUUCUCCCUGCUGGAGCAAACCCAGGCGUUGGCACGAUCCAUCAUGCUGACCAUACAUGAGGGGCGAGCGUGUGUGAUUGCGUGCUUUGAGGCAUUAAUAUGCUGGCUCGAAGUCCUUGAGGAGAAUAGCUGAACACUCUCCUCACAGAUGGAGGUCCCCUCUUUUAAACACCAACAGUUUUCCCUUGGAGAUUUCGGGCAGCCCUCCUGCUCGCCUGCCAUCUGAAAGUCUCUGGUGAGCUUGUUUGCUGCUAGGCAGUGCACAGGGCUCCACCGCUUGUAUAGCGAGCAGUGAAAUAUCUCAUUCCCUGCGUGAGCUCACUCAAGAGUUGCUAGGGCCAAUCCUGAUGUAUGGCCUCGCCCCCACUUUCCUCCUCCUCCUCCUCCUCCUCCUCGAGAACCAUGCAAAUGUUGGUAUGUUAUUUGCUGGUAACCAUUUUUUCCUACGCUCUCCUCUUUACCCCUCAGAUAUUAUGCCUGUAAGCUAAAGACUUUUUGAAGGUCCUUGGUGGAGAUGUGAUGUUUCUUUAGUCUGAGAUAAAAGAUAACCCAGUGCUGCAUAAUUCUCCAUAAAUAUAUCUGAUCAAUGUUAAUGAGCGGGGGUGUAGAUGUAAGGUUUAUCGAGUGGACACCCAGCUGUGAGCUUCAUUUUGGAGUGAAUCAUAGUCUUCCAUAGCACUUUGAGGCAACGGUUUUGUUUAAUCAGUAGUUUAAUUUUUAGAAAAAUGUCUUAAAUUGCAACAAAAUCUGUCCUUUUUUUUAAGUUGAUGUUUAUAAACUGGCUUGCAAUGCUUUGAAAAAUAUAUAUAAUAUACAUUUGCAGAUGUGAUAUACCUUUAAAUUCAAGCUCAAUUUGAGUCAAUGGUGUAAGUUUAAUUUAUUUUUAUACUCUUCUAUAUAAAAAAUAUAAUGAUAUCGACUGGCCCACAUAUCUAUACACAGGCACAUGUUACCAUGAAUACAUAAAAUCUGGCAAAGAUGAAUUUGUCAGUAUGUCAGGGACUGUUGAAAUAUGUACGACAUGUUAUGGACGUCUUAUAUUACAAGUAGUCUUAGCGUAUGCUGCUGUCGUUACCUUAAUGUAGAAUCUGUGUAGUCGAUCCCCUGUGGGACUCCCAAUAAAUACAGUAAAUGUGUCUUUAUUAUUGGUGGGGGAGCUUUAGCAGCAUGAACAUGACCGUUUCCCCUCCAAAUGGGCCAUUUCUCUUUUUCUACUUGUCCAGAACAUGGGAAUGGAUGCAGUCAGCAAUCUUUGCUCAGUUUGAAGAUGAAAACAUCACACCUGGGUUAAAAAGAAGCUACACAUAAUGCUUAGUUUGUUUUAGCUAAGUGGAGCAACAGAUUGGUGGGAUUGACCUCAGUCAGUUGUCAAUCUAAGUACACUGAAUUUAAUGUUUUUAAAGGCCCUGUAAACCUAUUUUCUCAACUAACUAUCCUUAUCUUAAAUGAACACAAUACAGUUUUCUUCCAAAGUUUGAACAUUUUUGGUUAUUUUACAUGAGAUUUUUUUGUAUUUGUGUGUUCCGAUAUAUAAAGAAGGAUGACAUGACAGUUGUCUAAAAGUGAAGCCAAAACAUAUCGGUCGCCCCGUGGUGGCUGACUGCAGUAUAGAUCAUAAAGCCUCAAUGUUAGCAGAUGGGCCAAACUAAAAAAACAAAAUACACGUCAAAUAAAUGUUUCCCAAAGAUUGCUUCUGUCAUUUAAAGUAGUUCUGAUCACUCUGAUGUAUGUUCAAGUGUUCAUUUUUCUGCUAAGUUUGGUUUGAAUUAGUUAUUUGAAGCUAUAAAACAGGGGUUUUACAUCAUGAUUUACUUGAUGGACCUCGAUACCGUGGCGCCAAACCCGAUUCCUCUCUGGCUCCAAAUGGCAUUUUACGAAUUGGCAAUAAUUUGACUGUGGGACAGUUUGUCCAGUCUGUUGAUUCGCCUCAAAAACAGCCAAUGUAAUGCACCGAUGUCUGAAGCUAGCUAGCAAUGUAUACUAGCUGUAAGCAGGGGUUUCAAACUGCCGGCCUGGGGGCCAUUUCCGGCCCUCUAUCCUCCUCACUCCGGCCUGCGACAUGAUGUCCAAAAUAUAAUAUUAUCUGGCCCGCAAGAUUUAUUUAACUUUUAUAAGUUUAAAAAAUAAAUUUGUUUCAUAUCAAGUUAAACUGUCCCUUCAUAUGCAAUUAAAAUGAAAACACAAUUUUAUAUAUAUAUAUAUAUAUAUAUAUAUAUAUAUAUAUAUAUAUUUAACUGUAUUUCGUCAAAAAUGCUCACAAAUGGUUGAUAAUAAGAUAAUAUGAAAAUGAUGAUACAAAGAUGUAUAAAAACUGCUUUUUGCAUGUUUUUGUUCAGUGUAAUGUCAGUAAUGGAAGUAUUUUAAGAAUAUUGCACUUUCUUAUUGUACUUAGUAGUGGCCCUCCUCUGAGAUGACAAUACCAGCAGUGACCCCAAGCCAAUUUGAGUCUUGAAGUUAAACUCUUCCCAAAAAUCAGCUGAUUAUCCAAACGUUAGCUUUAUUGCUGCUUAUAUAAUCAUGAAUAUUUAAUCUUACAGAGAAAUACUUAACAGUUUUCAGGGUCUUUGAACUGCACAGGCUAAAACAAACCACUAAAAGUAUUUGUCUGUGUGAUUUUGACCCAGGUGUUGAAAACAGUCAUUGUUUGGCCUGCUCCAUCUCAAGUUUUCUCCUUCACGACCUUUUUGACUCCCUUUAUAAUACGGGACAGCAAGAGAGAAUGCUUCCAAUCUAUCAGGGAAUUUUUUCCACGUUGAGUGAAGUUUCAUUAACCAGAGAAAUCCAAAUGUUUGCUUCUUCGACCUUUCCUUUCCAUGUGUCGGCCUUGUAGUAUGAACGAUGCAGGCCCUUUAGACUUUUCAGGUGUGUACAGACUUAUAUGGGAAUGAUGAAUAAAACAUGGUUUGGUAUUUGUUUGAUUAAGAAAGAGAGCGAGAUGGUGUUUAUGCAAUUUACUAUUUUUAAAAUCUAAUACAUGAUUUAUGUGUAGCAAGAAGGCAGAUUCUUUCGGUUUAAAUGACGGUGGAUGUUUUCUUUAUGGGGUGCCUACCUCCAGGUUUCUAAACGAAAGGGGUCGCAAUCCGAGGAUGUCCACAUGCUAUGUAUUAGAAAACAUAUAUUUUUGAUGUCUUUUUUUGAAUGAUGAUUGUCUCUAAAAGAACUAUUACAUAACAUUGCUGUAUUACUCUUAUCAAGAUUCAUUCCAUACUAUUUUCCAUUUGAUUAGGAGCGGGAUAAGGGAUGAAAUCACUUUGUCUAGGAGUAAAUACAGUUGUACUCUCUCGUAGUGUCAACUGCAAACUGUACUUCUCUCUCUAAAUGAUACCGUAACAUUUUGUGUGGAUAUACUGCGUGUUUGUCUGUGCGAAUGUGCGUGAAUGUGUGCGUCUAGUAAACGAAUCGUAGGUUCAUGUCCUUUAAAGAUACAGUAAUGUUCUCCUAGAGGUGCAUGUUAACCAAACUGUGAGCAAGUUUAUUGACAAUGCAUAGCUUUUUUGCGUAUGAAAACAUCAUAGCUUCUUUAGAGAUAUCACCCAGGUCUUCUGGUGGUUUAGCACUGUGGUUUCGCAUCUUACUCCAGUUCGUUAGAAAGAUUUUUUCCUCUUAUCGGGUUUGAUUUACACAGAUGGGGACGAGACAGCGUUUGGCUGCUCUCCUCACUCUUUUGACAAAACAUGCAAAUGUUUUGACUUUUAAGUGCUCAUUUCAAUUGACAUUUUCAAAUCAUGACUUCUGUGGUUUGAGUUCUCUUAAGCAGUGUCUACAUAUUGCUAUUUCAAAUGGUUCACAAAGAGAAACUGAGACAAACUAAAAGCAAGAUAUUGAGAGACAUUGAUUAAACUAUAAAGGGCUUCUUAAUCUAUCGGUCUUUAUUGAAUUGUGAUGACCUUGUUGCAUGUUUGUGUGUUUCUCGUGGAAAAAUAAAUGUACCCUCGACAGGGGUAGUUUGACCUUUUGUCA